UGCCAGCAGAACUCAUGCAGGGGAUAAUCUUAGUGGCACUUUGCAAUCCCUACUUUAGGAUUCAUUUAGAAGUGUGUGAGCUCAUGCUUCUGUCAGUCCUUCCUCUUAAUCUGACACCACUGAACCGGCUCCCAUUUGGCCCAGAUUCUCGCAGAGGGUCAUGGUGAGGGAGCCUGUGCCCUGUAGCCAGCCAUCUACAAACAGCCGGUGACAAUUCGAAUUAGUUCAGUUGACCGGUUCUGGCUGUAACUCAUGACAAUAAGCACCAGGCGGAAAAGACAAACACACAAUCUGCAAUGCCGGGCUAGGACAGCUGAAGACAGCCAAACACAAAAGGGGUGCACAGUCAGAGACACUUUUAGGAGCAUUUCAUCAAGUGAAUGGCCCAGUUUUAGCUCAGCACUUUUGUGCAGAGACUUGAACUGGAACGGAGCCAGAUCCAUUUUCCAGAGUGUGCCCACUUGCUAAGUAGUCGGAUGCACGGGCAGGAACUGCAGCAGAGGAUCUGUCUUGAUUAUUGUUAUGCAAGCAGGAGGAGAGCAGUCCCACUUUGAUCCAGACAUUGGACGGAGGCUGAGAUGCCUCGUAGUUCGAAGCUGCUGCUUGCUGCCUCUGCUGAGAAGCUGCACAUCUACGACUUUGCACUGUGUGCUGGGAAAUACGGAUGGAGUGAAAACACCUGAACGUCGUGGCGUAGCAUCCUCAGUCUGGGAUAUGCUUAUAUUUUUCUGUUUCUGAAGUUACAUUUCUUAGAUUUCAGCUCGGUGACGGCCACCAACCAUGAGUAGUGGAGCCAACAUCAAAGCUCUCUCCCAGAGCCGGCGCGACGCAGGUGUCACCUCGAGUCUGCCUUUACCUCACAGCAUGAUGCCUCUGCCAAACAUGGAUCCCAAACAGCAGAAAAGUUCCCUUCCCAAUCCGACAGUGCAGUAUCAGCACUCAGAACGACGGCAGUCUGCAUAUUCUUCAUCCUCUGCUUCCUCGGGUCCUGCAAACCUGCUGAAGGGUUCCACUUUGAAGAACCACCUGCUGCAGCAGAAGACCAGUAUGUAUUAUCACAGGGGUUCAGCAGCUGCAGGGAGAACUGAUGGAGUGUGUUCAGCUUACAGCAGCCCUCAGGUUCCAAAGAGGGAAACUCCUCGCUCCAAAGACACAUUAGACCUCUGCAAUACCACGCUGACACAGAGGGCUUUGAGAGACCUGCAGAUGAGGAAAAAUUCCAACAAGAACUGGACUUUUGGGAAGUAUCGUCAAAGAAAUGUGGAGAAUGCAUGUCAGGGGGACACCUUACACCGCCUCACGGCUAAUCCUCAAUCAGGCCAGGGACGAGGGCGUCUUCUUUACUCUAAAAGCUUGAACGGCAAUGAGACGUCAGUGGUGUCCACUUCUGGGUUGGAAAACUUCCACAAAAAUGCAAGAAAAAGCCAGGAAAUGGGGAAUACUUUGGAAGAGUCUAUCAAAAGGAAACCGUAUUCCUCAUAUCAGACGUUCAACAUGGCACGCAGAUCAAGUGAGCCAGGAAAAGUCAACAUGGCAGCUGUUGCUCCCUUCAGGUUCAGAUUUCAGGUAAAUGAGGACACAGAAGCUGCUGCUGACAAUCUGAGCGACUGUUCCUCUGACUCCAUGGAGGUCUGCUGUGAUGAUUUGGACCCCGAGUCCCAGAGGAAACGAACUGUGCAGAACGUUCUUGAUCUCCGCCAGAACCUGGAGGAUACGAUGUCGAGCCUGAGGGGAUCCCAGCUGAGCCACAGCUGUCUGGACAGCAGUAACAUGGGCUAUGACAGUGAUGAGACCAACGCUCGCAGCAUAUCCAGCAUGUCCAAUCGCUCCUCCCCCCUGUCCUGGCGUCACGGCCAGUCCAGUCCCCGUCUGCAGGCCGGGGAUGCCCCAUCCUCAACAGGCAGUGGAUUUCAGGGGGGCAAGAGUGCUUCCCCAUACACAGCCCACACAAUGCCCGCCCGCUGCUCAAGCCGCCUCAGCAGCUCAUCCCGGAUUGAGCUCAUCGAAAAUCUCGAUGUUGAUGACCUCAAGUCUGGGUACAUGAGUGACACCGACCUUCAAGCGAAGACUCUUCCGGAUGAUGACGAUGACGUCAACCUGGAUAACGGUUGGGAUGAGAGCAGUUCCAUCAGCAGUGGGCUCAGCGAUGGAGAUGGAGAUGGCUCCGAGAACCUCAGUUCAGAGGAGUUCAAUGCCGGCUUAUCUCUUAACUCCCUCCCGAGCACCCCCUUGGGGACAAGACGUAGCUCGUCUGUUAUGCUUCGUACAGAUGCAGAAAAGCGCUCCCUGGUGGAGAGUGGGCUCUCCUGGUACAGCGAGGACGGGAAAACCAGUCACAAAUUUAAUAGCUGCAGCUUUGAUUCGGGAAGUCUCAAAACGGAAGCUCCGAGCAAGUGGAGGAAAAAGCCUCCAAGUCUCGGGGAAGAUUUUGGAGUUAAAGGAGAACUGAAGAAACCUCAAAGUUUGGGCCAACCUGGAAGUUUAAAUCGAGGCAGAAAUCCUCCAGUGGGAGUGACAUCCCCUAUUACCCACACCUCACAGAGCAUGCUCAAAGUUGCAGCACCUAAAAGUGAGAAGCCUCUGGACAAAUCAAAGAUCUCUGUCAGAACUGCUGGCCUGCAGCGGUCUCGUUCAGACGCUGGUAGGGACCAUCAUGGGGAGCACCGCAAACCGCCAUCAGGAUUACUCAAACCCUCUGCUGUUGGCUCCUUUGGCUACAGGAAACCCCCAGCAGUCACUGGUGCUGCAGCUGUCAUGACAGCAGAGGGCACCACCAUCCACAGUGGCUCCUCCACCGUGGGGAAAGCCCCCAAGUCAUCUGGCAUUCCUGUGAAACCUGUGGGAGGUGGAACACCCACUGGUAGAAAGAAUAGCUUUGAUGCCAGCAGUGACCAGAGGUUCUUGGGGCCGAAUGCCCGAAACAGCAUUCAGUACCGCAGCCUGCCCCGACCAGCCAAAUCCAGCACACUCAGCGUGAUUGGACGCCCAGCAACUCGGCCCAUCAGCAGCACUAUUGAUUCCAGCUUGUUGAGCUUGAAGCCUGUGCCCAUCGGCUCCACGGGGCCCCGCGUCAAAGAACCAGGCGGUAAAAUGAUCAAUCGAACAAGUACGGGUCCAGUAAACCUGACGGACAGGGAGAAGGAGAAGGAACGAGCCAAAGCCAAAGCUGUGAGCGUUGACAUGGACUGUUGCUCGUUAAAAAGAGAGAACAGCCAAUCAGAGUCCACAGGAGAAGCUGCUGUGAAGCUACACGGCCUGAGACGGACCAGCAGCAGUAAAUACCCAGAACUCUCCUCUCCAACAACACCAAGGAUGCUGAACUCAAAGGCUCUUGGUCGCCCGCCCAGUUUGGCGCACCUAGACAAGGUCAAUUCCAACAGCCUUGACUCCUGUGUGACGAUUCAGGACCUUCCACCCAAAGUCCCCCCAUACUCCAAGCUUCAAGAUUUAGCUGCCUCCCACCCUGCUCCUCGCCUCACCCCGAGCCCAGCACCUGUCCUUCAUAUGGACUCUCCUGCCUACACCAGCGAUCGUCUUAGCGGAUCCCCCAUGUACUAUCCUAAGCUAUCAGGCAUGCACCGCAGCCUGGAGUCCCUGCCCCUCCAGAUGAGCGUGCCCUCCAGUGCACGGCUUGCCGCAUCAGAAGCACGGGACAAAGAGGAAAGAAGCACAGGAACAUGGGGGGGCGGAAGCAGGACGUCCCUCAGCCUCUCAGAGAGCAUUCAAACAGACCGGAACACACUGCCAAAGAAAAGUUUAGAGUGUUAUGGCUCCAGCCUUUCAGAGAGUGAUGGAAACAAACCAGGAAGGCGCCACUCCCACACCAUCGUGAGCAUGACCGAGAGUGACAGCCCUCCUCAGCUUCCUUCUCCCACUCGUCCUCCUCAGGCCUCCUCCAGCAGGGCUCUUCUCACUAACGUGGUUGCCCCAAUUUCCUGUGGCACCCCGAGGAUCUCUCGCUCCAGCAGCACAGGGCCUCCCACAGACUCGGCGUGUGAUCUGUAUGGAUCCUCCCCCCUGGGCAGCAGUAUGUCUCUGGCUGACCGACCAAAAAGCAUGUUGAGGUCUGGUUCUUUCCGUGAGCAGGGAGAUGAUGUGCAUGGCUCUGUGUUGUCUCUGGCCUCCAACGCCUCAUCCAACUACUCCUCGAAUGAGGAGAGGAUACAAGGGGAGCAAAUCCGAAAGCUGAGGAGAGAGCUGGAGUCCUCCCAGGAAAAGGUCGCCAAUUUGACCAUGCAGCUUUCUGCUAAUCUUGGCCAGGCUAAUCUUGUGGCAGCCUUUGAACAGAGUCUGGCACUAAUGACAGCACGUCUCCAGACACUGUCAGUCUCCUCAGAGCAAAAGGACUCUGAACUCACUCAACUAAAGGACACCAUUGAGAUUCUAAAAGCCAAAAAUACAGAGGCCCAGGAAAUUAUACAGAAUGCUCUUAGUAAUCCCGAGAUCACCCCUAAAGAGCUGCUCAUUAACCGCCAGAACUCCUCAGAGAGCAUCUCCAGUCUCAACAGCAACACAAGCCACUCCAGUGUAGGGAGUCUGAAGGAGCUGGAGGCCAAGAAGAAGAAAAAGAAGAGCUGGGUUUUUGAGCUGCGGAGUUCCUUCAACAAGGCUUUUAGCAAGAAGGGAUCCAAAUCAGGAGCAUAUGCAGACAUUGAAGAGAUUGCCACCCCAGAAUCCUCACUGCCCUCCUCCCCCAAGGUUCACAGUAUCGGUGAAAACCCUCAACAUUCAGCUAAAUCCUCUGCAUCAUCAUCCUCAGGGGUCUUUGAGGGCAGUGAGGGGAUGGAUGAUAAGGUUGUAACAGAACUGCGUUCAGAGCUGUGGGAGAAGGAACGCAAGCUCACGGACAUACGGCUGGAGGCUUUAAACUCCGCCCAUCAGCUAGAACAGCUGCAGGAGGCGAUGACCAACAUGCAGAGGACGGUGGAGAACCUGAAGGUGGAGAAUGACCAGCUGAGGACGGGUGGUCUGUCCCCCUGUCCAUCUCCUGGACCAUCCAGCUCUGUCUCCCAGUCCUCAAGUCUCAUGGCUCUGGGGAGCUCCUCCCCCCGCCAAUCCGUGGCUGUGAACAUGCCAAAGAGUUACAGCAGAGGGCUCAGUGAGGGAGGUGGCACAGACAUCCACUCUGCAGAUUCUCUCAGCCUUUCCUCACAGAGAGAUGAUCAUCGGGUCAGGGUGCUGGUUUGUGUUGCAGAUUUGCGCGUUUUCAAAGAUGAGGUGAAACAGCAGGAUUUCUUCAUUGGGACUGUUAGGGUGAAUGGAAGGAUGGACUGGGUCAUGCUUGACUCAGCUGUCAGCCAGGCUUUCAAGGUUUACAUCGCAAAAGUCGACCCGACAUCUAGUCUUGGCCUUUCUACAGACUCCAUCUACAGUUACAGUAUGGGCCACAUCAAGAGAGUGCUGGGAGGGGACGCCCCCGAGACCCAGCCAUCCCGCUGCAUGUCUCGAGGCCCCAGCAGCAUCACAGUGGCUCUGAAAGGUUUGAAAGAGAAGUGUGUGGACAGCCUGGUAUUUGAGACUCUCAUUCCCAAACCCAUGAUGCAACACUACAUCAGUCUCCUACUAAAACACCGCCGUCUCAUCCUGUCUGGGCCGAGCGGCACGGGUAAAACCUACCUUGCCUCCCGCCUGGCUGAGUACCUGGUGGACCGGAGCGCCCGCGAAAUCACAGGCAGCAUCGUGGUCACUUUCAACAUGCACCGCCAGUCAUGCAAGGACCUGCAGCUUUACUUGUCUAAUUUGGCCAAUCAAAUCGAUCGAGAAAGCAGCGCCUCUGAAAUCCCACUCGUAGUUAUUUUGGAUGAUAUUCACGAUCCUGUUGCCAUCAGUGAACUUGUUAACGGGGCUCUCACCUGCAAAUACCACAAAUGUCCUUACAUUAUUGGUACGAGCAACCAGCCAGUGAAAAUGACAGCAAACCACGGCUUACAUCUCAGCUUCAGAAUGGUGAUUUUCUCCAACAAUGUGGAACCAGCCAAUGGCUUUCUUGUGCGGUAUUUGCACAGGAAAUUGAUGGAGUCGGAGGAUGAGAGGAAUUUAAACAAUGAGGACUUGAUCCGGGUGUUAGACUGGCUACCCAAACUGUGGUAUCAUUUGCAUGCGUUCCUUGAGAAGCACAGCACAUCAGACUUCCUAAUAGGUCCCUGCUUUUUCCUGUCCUGUCCCGUCACUGUGGAUGAGUUCCGAUCUUGGUUUAUCGACCUCUGGAAUUUUUCUAUUAUUCCUUAUCUGCAAGAAGGUGCCAAGGAUGGCAUCAAGGUCCACGGACAGAAAGCGGUCUGGGAGGACCCAGUGGAGUGGGUGAGGGGCACCCUACCAUGGCCGUCUGCCCAGCAGGACCAGGCAAAGCUCUUUCACUUACCUCCUCCCAGCGUCAGCUCCUGCAGCCCAAGUCAACCCAGUGAGGACAGGCCUCACAAAGAGACUCCGCCCAGCUCCAUGGAAUCGGAUCCUCUGAUGGCAAUGCUUUUGAAACUUCAAGAGGCUGCCAAUUACAUCGAAUCUCCAGACAAAGAAGACCCUGGCCUGCCCAAGCUUUGAACACCAACAUUGAACAUGUAUAUUUUUUUUUUCUUGCAGAAGGUGUGCACAGUUAGGAAAAGCACCUCCCGUUCUCACCUGAUUUUCAGCAGUCUGGCUUUGACGUAUAAAAUCCAAAUUAUUGUAAUGGAUCCAGAAUGAGCGGUCUACAAACGCUGCAUGUUAUUCUACUGAAUUAUAUUUAACACCUCUUUAGCCCUUGAUGCUCUUAGAUUGGUGCUAACUUCAUCCUAUAAAACCCAGUUUUCUUGACUUCAGGGGAUUUCUGCAAAAAACUUUGCAUUGCGGGACAUUAAGUCCCCAUCAAAUGGCGCUAUUCUUAACUUGUUUUGGAAAAGAGUAUGACAGCAUAACAGUCCAAUGUUCCUGGCACAGUUCUUUGGUACAUAUCUACCAUUCAAGUAUUUAAAGGCCAAAUCUUUUACAUAUGCAAUCCUAAACUUUACAACUAGAGCAGGUGAAACAAGCAUGCCUUAAGAGCUAAGACAUCCGCGUCACCUCAACCCUAGCAGAGCACUGGUGCUUUCAUCAUCAUACAAAACCGUCUAACCACAUUUUUACCUCAUUUUUUCCAUUCAUCACAACCAGUUUUCCCUCAACUGAAGUUCGAAAAAUCGAUUUUAAGACGAAGUUUACGACAAACGUCUUUCUUAUAGUUUCCUAUAAUUAUAAUUUGAUAAAAUAAUCUUGCUGUCAUACUCUUUUGGAUAAAACACGACUUUGUGUUUCCAGUGAUGUGUGUUUCUCACUGCACAGACUUCUUUCUUAUUUUAAAUCAUCUCAAAUAAAACAAACAGUUGCAGCCAUGCUGCUUUAAAUGUCAGGUAUAAGAUACAACACAGGGAUAUAAUAUAUAAAAAGAAACAUUAUCUUAAAAAAACAUACUUACUGGUUCAUUUUCUGUAAAUGUAUCUCAAAGAGCACAUUUGUUUAACGUCUGUAUAUAUCAUGUACAUACAAUGAGACAUUACUUUAUGUACAUCAAUGGGUGCAUAUAUCUAGAGUUCUGAACCAAACACUGUUUUUUAGUCUUGCAUAUUGACUGUCAAAUUCAUGUCAUUUCAACUAUGAAUGUAUAUAUAAAUAUAGGAGUAUAGAACCUUAAAAGAAAGAACAUAACAGUAUUAUGUAGUAGGUGCUUUUAACAGAAGCCUUAUCAAAGAUUCACAGCAACACUUUCGACAGUGGCUUAGCCGAGUGGCCUAAAGCUGCCUGAAACUCACCAAAUGUGUUCAACACCAUCAUUUAGGUUUGUUUGGUGCUCUCACAAAAGGCCCCUCACUGUUGUAGGACUGAGUAAGACUCACAUGCUCAUGCAGGGUUGAUGUCCUAGGAGUCAUUUUAUGUCAAACACAACAUAGAGUUCAUGUCUGAGGUUAGUAGGAGGUGUUUUAGAAUAAGUGCUGAUGACAUUAAGUGAAUACAGUAAAGUGAUGUGAGACAUUGUGUGGUGUAUACCCAUGUCGAUGUCGUACAAUACGCACAUGAAAUCACUUUGGAUACACAAAUAAAAAGAAAUAAGUUUAAAAGGAAACGUUUAAAGACUUUAUAAGUGCUUUAGGUACUGUUCUUUCUGUUAAAGGGGCCUUUGGGACGUUUAUAAAAUGUGAAGAAACUUGUGGUGCAAGUGGUGUAGAAAAAACAACAAAUCAGUCAUUGUUUUUGUGUUCAGACAAAAGUUCACAAAUGAAUGUGGGUCCACUCUGACAGCUUAAUAAGAUAGUGUAACCUUUUACAUUCAGUUUGUGCUGCACAAGUUGUUGCUCUGAAUGCAUUAUUAGAGUAAUUGCAGACAAACAAAACAACAAUAAGUUAAAUAUAUUUAGGAGUAAAACCAUUUAUCAAAAACAUGAAAUAGCUUAAUUAUUGUAAAUAUUUCAAAUAUGUGAUGAACAUGCUGACUACUUUCUGAUCUUUCUGCGACAGUAUCUCAUUUCAUGGACUGGUUGUUGUUGCUCUGUAGCAGUGUUUUUUUCUUUGCUUACUAGUGUUAUCAGGAUUUUGCAGCAACUUCUAUUAGUGUCAGCAAUCAGUCAGUGUCUUAGUAUCACAAGCCACUGAGCUGUUUUUAUUUAGUAUUUCUGGAUAGUGCCCAAAUUUAGACAAACCACACCACAAAUGAAGCCUUUUCAGCUGGUGAGACAGCUUUAAAGGGAGGAAGUAUUACUUGGUGUGGCACUGGAGACAGGGUUUCUAAGACGUAUCAAAUCAUGCAAGCUGUUUGAUGUGCUUUGCACUUAUGUGUGACAACAGAUGCCAUGUGUCUUACUUUAUGAAUAGUCAAAACGAAUAGAAAAGAGAUUAAGCCUGGUGUGGUUGGCCCAAAUCAGCUGAUUUCAAUGGAGUGAAUCCAACAUCAGAUACUACUCUGAUGCGUUAAGCUGAUGCAGGUUGCUUCAUAGUCAUAUUGUGGCAAAGCUUGUGUUUAAAAUUAAAAAAAAAGUAACGCUUCAUCUAUUCUUGCUGAUGUUUGAAGAUGAGGAGUUUCUAAGUGUUUCAAUUGCAUGUAAACUUGCUGUGUGAUGGGACAAAAGUGAUGAAACUAACAUUGUUUAAGAAAGUCAUUCUAGAUAAUGUUUUCUUUUGUAAUACUCAAAGAUUUGAUAUUUCUUUUUCUUUCUUUUUUUCUAAAGAAUCCUUUGUAAAACCUCAUUUUCUCUAUUUUGUACAGAACAUGGUUGUAAAAAAAAAAGAAAACGUGUAAAUACAGUGUUCCGGCGUUCUGGGUGCGGCAACAAUCAUUGAGGAAGAAUAAGCAACACUGUUGGUGGAGGAAUAUAUUUCUGGAAAGUUGGUUCCAGUAUGAGGAUAAGGCAUGCUCCUGAAGGCUUUCAUCCACCUGUCACUGUUUGUUGGAAUUAAUAAAAUACAUGUUACAUUUAA